AUGGAGGGGACUACAGUUUCUAAGCAUGUUUGGUGCUUACCAUCAGGAAGAAGGAUCAUUAUUCAUUUUAAUGAAUAUGAUCAACCAAUUAGAAGGGGGGGACUUGUACUUGUUCAUUUUCUGUCUGAAUUGUCAAAAGACGGAACCUUUUGUCCACUUGGAGCACAAAAUUGGAAACAUGUUAACGAUCAUUACAAGCAAAGGAUCAUUAAAACAGUUUGGUGGAAGCAUUACAUGUGGGAGCUUCAAAGGGACUAUUAUCAACCUAAUGUAACAAAGGAAAAGAUUAUUGAGAAUAUGCCUAAAAUUGUGAUAAAAGAGCAGUGGAUUAGCUUGAAAUUAUCAACAUUGGGAAAAAGAGCUCGAGAAAUGCAUAAUCAUGUAUAUACUACAGGGUCAAAAAGCUAUGCUCAACGGAAAACUAAAUUUGUUAAGUUGAAUCAAAGAGAACCUAGUGGGUUAGAAAUGUGGAAUCGUACUCACACUACAAAGAGUGGUGGUUAUGUAGAGGAUACAUACACUCAAGAAUUCAUAGUUGAUGAACAUUUACGUGAUUCGAAACAACCUCGUGAGGUGAUUGAGACAGAAGUCUUUAAUGAGAUGAUGUAUCAAGAAGACAAACCUAAUCAGCAUGUUGUUGGUUAUGGUCAUGGGGUUACUAGAUCUCAUGUGUUUGGUAUUGAAGCUCAAUUACAAAAGAGCAAGAUGGGUGAUUGUGGUGGUACUUUAAGUGAUGUUAUGGGGCUUAAAUCCUACCUAUUGUUUGUUGAGAGAAAAAAUGAUGAGGUUAUUUCCCAACUACAAAAAAGAAAUGAUGAGUUGGAUGAAAUUUUUGCUGUUGAUGUUCAUAUUAUGACCAAGAAAUCAUCUUUUGCGAAGGUCUUGACGCUAAAGUGGAAAUUGCAACAUAAUGAAAACAAUUUUGCAGGCCUUUAA